AGAGACUAUUUAUUUUCAUCUUCCAUCUGUGGACAGCCCCCAACAAACCGUGUAUGGAAUAUCGUGUUAUAGACAGAUGAAUGCUGAGAGGUUACUCAAUUAGUCUUGACAUAACACGUGGAACGGUGCAAAAGAGUGUUUGCGUGUUGAGUCGACUCCCUCUUUAUGGACUAAUUCAGGCCAAGUUAGAGCUUAUUACGCAUGCCUACUUUGAUGAAAGAGAUUUCAGUAAAGUGGCUUUAUUAGAAGAAACGUACAAAAACUUAAACUCCUCACUUAGUCCUGAUCUAGUAUGGGGAUCCCAAGUCUUCUUAGGGCUUCCUGCUCGAGAUCUCAUUUUGAUAUUUAAGCACAAAACGCUGAUGUUAUUUAAGUUGCUGAUGCUGGAAAGGAAGGUUCUCUUCUACAAUGGUGGAGUAAAAGAUUUGUGUUCUGUUGUGUUGACAUUAUGUUCCUUGUUUCCAGGUAUGAUUGAAAAAGGUUUGGAUGAAGCAGCAUCUGUCAACAUGAAAAGACUUUCACCAGAUCUGCGUACAACUCAAGAAGGAGAUUAUUUAGAGGUUCAUUACGAAGACAGUGAGGCUCAGUUAGGGCCUGGCUAUGACCCAGCCUUCCUGAGCCUUGAUAAAGAAGAAGAUACAAAUAAUGAACUGAAUGGUAACAAAUUGGAGAGUAGGCCACAGAAUUUACAUCCGUUAUAUUCACAGAAUACUUUUACUUCUUCACAAUCAGAAGACUGCGACUUAACUGAACCCUCACUUUCAAAUAAAGAAGUCUGGCAGGAUGCUGAUAACCAAAACUCUCUUCACAUUCAGUACCUGAACGCUCAUGGUAAUGAAGACGAAGUGGAAUCUAACUUUAGAGACAAAAAUACCAAAGAAAUUCUGAGUGAAACAAAAUACUUUGAUCAAUGUCGUAGCACUAGGUCCGGGGAAUUAACUAGUAGAAGUGACCAUACUGAUUCAGUAGGUCAAGAGGCUUCAGUUGUUCAUAGAACUGAAUCAACUCCGGAGGAUGAAACUCUAUUAAAAGAAAUAGAUGAAGAUUUGACUUCUCUAUCAUCAGCAGACCAUUUGAUAACAGAUAUUUAUGAUGAACCAGAUCACAAUGACCAUAAAGACGUUAUCUUGGGUGGCACCGAAGAAGUUGUAGUGAAGAGUUCAUCUCAGAUUGAAAGAAACGGUGUUCUUAAGCUAAGCCACGUGACUGAUCGUCUAGAGGUGUCAACGGAGGACAGUUUGUCUGUAAAUAGUGAAACUAGUCUACUUGACGAGGCAAUGAAGAAUAAUGAUUAUAAGUCCGUAUCGCUUACGUCAUUAAUAAGUUUGGAACUGGAUUCAUGUGGACUUCCAUUAGAAAUUUUCAAAAAAGGCUCACUGUGCCACCCAUAUCUUUCCCUGCCGUUUCUGGAUCACCUUGCUGAUGUAAACAUAUGCAAUUUUGUUAUCGGAGCAAAUAAUGUCUUAUUUAAGCAGAAGAAACACCUUUUUGAUGUGAUUGUCGAGAUAGAAGAAUCCAAAGUAGAAGUGUUCGAUGCCGACCUCAGGAAACAACUCCACUUAACAACGGAGGAUCUGAGAUUUGCUGAUUACCUUGUUAAACAUGUCAGUGAAGAAAAAAACGAUGUAUUUUUAGAUGGAACAGGAUGGGAAGGUGGUGAUGAAUGGGUCAGAGCCCAGUUUAAACUAUAUCUGCUCAGUCUUCUGAGGACAGCUCAGCUAGAAGAUUGUAGUAAGGAAACUGAGAACUUUAACUCGAGUUUUGUAAUGGCAUGGAAAACUACACAUAACUACAGAAAAUGGAAAAGUGGAAAUUAUUUAGGAGUCUUAGAAGUUAAUCCAGUGCAUCCUUUUCAUGGUCAGCUGAGUGUUUCUGAUAUGAAGCUUCGACUGUCACAUGCAAUGCAAUCCUCAGAAAAAGGAAGAAAAUUGAAUCAAGCAGUCGUGAGCACAGGAAAGGUUGUUGGAGGUGCUUGGACAAGUGCUAAGUCCAUGAUGUCAUCUUGGUGGUCAAGUUUGGGAACCCCUUCUCAAGAUCUUGUUACCAAAUCUCCACUUUAUUCUGAUUUCAAUUUGGUAACAAAAACCUACCAAGGUGAAGAUGAAUCCCAGCAAUCCAAAGAUUUAAACUCCAAGGUGCCAGAUUCAGCUACUGAGGGCUGAAGUUGACGUUCUGGUCAAAAUUGAGUGGUCAUUCUUCAACAGACUGGACAGGGCAUAGUAAAGCUAGUUGCAGUAAACCUCAUAGCUAAUUGUUUAGCAGAUUUUAUUAGCAUAUUUAUAUCUCUGUUUUAGAAGAAAAGAAUGUAUGAAUGAAGUAAAGGGUUCUUGUGAUUUUCAAAUGAAACUUGGGUUCGAGCUAUCUAAUGAAGUCAUCAGAAACCAAGAUCUAUUUCUUCCAAGUGUUGAAAUCUUGAUUUGCAACCAAACGUACAGUACCACUUUAUAAAUCAUGGGUUAUACAGUGUUACUUAGAUUCAUUUUAAACACAAUAUUUCAUUUUAGUGAAUUCAGUAGUUUUCUUUCUGAAUCAUGGAAGCACUAAAAGAGAUCAUUACAAAUUAAACUCCCACUUAGGUUGUGACAGUUUGGCUUUAAUUUUACUUUAUGCAGUUAGGCUGUGUUUCCAAUGGGCAUUGUCUCACUAACAAAUAAAAUAUUCUUCACUUGUACAGAAUAGAAUUUUAUCACCGUAGUGAAUUAUUCUGAAAAUAAAAUAAACGUUAUGUAUACUCCCAGACUAAAGCAACUUCAAGUAAAUAAAAGCUGUGACUAAAUAUUGUAUUGGCAGAUUUACUUAUCGGUAAUACACUCCCUGUUUAUACACAUUAUUAUUACACAUGCACUUGCUUACGUACCAGUAUUACCGUCUUCCAUGUAACAUAGCAUUGUAGUUUAGUUCAGUGUUUCUCAACCACCGGUGCAUCACAACCAUCCUGCUGGUCUGUGAGAUUUCAUGAAAACAAACAAACCGAAAUAAUAUUGAAAUGGUUUUUCCUUGUAUUUGAAUUUUAGUGAGCUGUUACCUGGUAAUAAACAGGUUGAGAGAUGCUGGUUUAGUGUAAAUAGUGUGAAAGAUUUAAUCCCUUCUUUAACCACGUAACCUUAAGGUAAAUAAUCCCUUCUUUAACCACGUAACCUUAAGGUAAUUAAUCCCUUCUUUAACCACGUAACCUUAAGGUAAUUAAUCCCUUCUUUAACCAUGUAACCUUAAGGUAAUUAAUCCCUUCUUUAACCACGUAACAUUAAGGUAAUUAAUCCCUUCUUUAACCAUGUAACCUUAAGGUAAGUGUAACUUUGGUAGCACCACUGCCUGAAGGGUUUACCUUUUAGAAAGUACGAUUAUACUGAUUGUUUUAGGUAAGAUAUUAUGUGUAAGGAUUAGUUCCUUGUUUACUUUCAACAAGUCUGAGGUAUAGUUUCUUGCAGACCACAUACAGGAUGGUUACUUUUAAGAUACUGAAAUAAAUGUUUUCAGUAGGAUAUUACAUGGAAGGAUUAGUUCCUUGUUUACCCUAAUGUAGCUUCCACUGUUUCAGUAGUGAUACGCCACGUGGGUUUAAGAACUUUUUUCCACCGACUAAAAUUUAAUGUCAGAAAAGUCUUAGAAAAAUUCAGUACUGGUUUUCUCGUACAGUUUGGUAAUACAUACACUAAUGUUUAUUUUCAUGAUUUAAAGACACAACUUUGACACUUUGCUUUUUUAUUUUUUUACCCUCAUCUACAUAAAAUGGCACUGAAGUUUGGUGAGUGGGAACCAUGAUUAAAGAGUUUACUACUUUGAUGAACCUAAACCUGAUAGUAUAGUACCAAACCCUAGUUUUAGUACACAAAUACAGCUUAAAAGGUUUAGAAAUUACUGAAUUCUAGUUCGAGUUUACCAACACAAUCUGGAGAGUUUGGUACGUGUACCUUGAUUACCCAUACCCUGGUGAUAUGAUACUGUAUU